AUGCUGCUUGAUACCGAGUUAUACUCGUCUAUACUGAACCCUCUGGGCUUAGCUGGUCUCUUUAUUCUGCUACCGACCUUAAUUUUCCUAUUAGCUUCGCUCAAGGCGCCUCGCUUACCGUUAAUCAAUGGAAAGAAACCCUUCGAACUCAGGCAAAUCCAUGCUGGGAGGCGAUUUUUGAAGGAUGCUCGCUCCUUGAUCGAGGAGGGCCUUAGGAAGGCCAGUGCUUUUCGUCUUAUGACAGAGAAUGGCCCUAAAACCGUGCUCUCAGCCAACUAUGCUGAUGAGAUUCGCAGCCAUCCUUCGCUGAAUUUUGGGGCAGCCAUCGCGAAGGAGUUUCACGCCGACAUCCCAGGAUUUGACACUUUCAAGCAAGGAACAAGAGUUGAUGAGAUUUUUCAAGAUGCCGUCAGGAUGAAGCUAACGCAUCAUCUUGGAAAUGUCAUUGAACCUAUAUCCGAUGAGAUUGGUAUCGUCCUUGAGAGAGAUUGGACAAAUAAUCGUGACUGGCAUGAUAUCGCGCUCAAGCAAAAUGUCCUCAAAUUGGUUGCCCAGAUGUCGUCCAGGGUCUUCCUUGGCAAAAGAAUAUGCCGCAACCCCGACUGGAUCCGAAUCACAAUUGCCUACACUAUUGAUUCGUAUAUAGCUGCGCUGGCUCUCCGCCUAUGGCCCGCGACAGUACGUUCGCUGGUUUCCAACUUCAUACCCUCGUGCCGUAAACUCCGACAGGAAAUUGAGGAAGCAAGGACUAUUAUACAGCCAGUGCUGGACGAGAGACGCAUGGCCAAGGAGGAGGCCAUUCGGGCCGGUAAAAUGCCAGAGCGUUAUGUCGAUGCGAUGGAGUGGCUGGAGGAAUCUGCUAAGGGUCGUUAUUAUGAUCCCGUUAUAGCACAGUUGUCAUUCUCCCACGCUUCAAUCCAUACUACAUCAGACCUCAUCACGCAAACGCUCCUUGAUCUCUGUGGGCGCGAUGAACUUAUUCAAGAAGUCCGUGAUGAAAUUGUAACCGUGAUGGAGACAGAGGGGUGGAAGAAGUCCACACUUUUCAAACUGAAGCUGAUGGACAGCGUAUUGAAGGAGACUCAGCGACUGAAGCCGAUUGCAGUUGCCACAAUGAGACGCCUUGCCGAAGAAGAUACGGUCCUGUCUGAUAAAACAUUCCUGCCAAAGGGGGAACUUAUCGUGGUCGCAUGUGACAAAAUGUGGGAUCCAAACAUUUACCCAAACCCAACCACAUAUGACCCAUACCGAUUCCUGAAACUCCGUGAAACGCCUGGCAAUGAGACGUCCGCCCAGCUAGUGUCACCCUCUCCAGAACACCUGGGAUUCGGGUUUGGGAAGCACGCCUGUCCUGGUCGGUUCUUCGCGGCCAAUGAGGUCAAGAUUGCUCUGUGUCAUAUUCUCUUGAAGUAUGAUAUUAAAUUGGCAGAGGGCUAUGAGCCAAGGAUCCUACCUAAUGGCCUGUCAUUAAACUCAGACCAUAUGGCGAGGAUAUCCAUCAGACGGAGGGAGGAGUAAACUGUUCCCGAGGUGUUCCCUAGGUAUGAGGUAUUUGGCUUUUUCGUUUUAUUUCGUCUCAAGUUCAUUCGGAACUACGAUCAAUACGGCAAUUUGAUUCCUGAAAUAAGAUCAGCAGGGUAUUCAAUCAAACGCAAUCGACUGAGCUAGCUACAGGAAACGUCUUGUGGAGGGUGAA